GAGAGAGAAAAGUAUGACAGCGAGAUGAAUGAAAGGAAUGAGACAGCAACCUUCUUAUUAGCCUCCUCCAUACCCUCUCCUCCUCUCCCCACUUCUUCUCCCCCUUGUCAAGGCCAAGCCAGAAACAAGGAGACUAGCUAGCUAGUACACCAGCUAGCUAGCAUGCAGCAGCACAAGGGAUAGAUAGACAGAGAGAUUCUGCUUGUCGAUUUCCUUCCUUGUUUCAGAUCGAUUCCGGCCGGGCAAAUACACGCGUAUGAGAUAGGGAAAUUUGCUAGCUAGUCCCCAAGCGAAUCUGAGUGGUGAUGGCGUCCAAUUCAUCAGCGGCGGCUGUGGCAGCGUUGUUUGGAGUUAGGGAUAUUGGCGACCACCAAGAUCAGAUCAAGCCGCUGCUCGCGCAGCAACACAGGCAACAACCUCUCAUGGCGUUGACGGCGGGGCCAGACCAGGCGACCGCGACAGUGCCACCCGUGAAGAAGAAGAGAAACCUACCAGACCCAGACGCGGAGGUGAUCGCGCUGUCGCCCAAGACGCUGAUGGCGACGAACCGGUUCGUGUGCGAGGUGUGCAGCAAGGGGUUCCAGCGGGAGCAGAACCUGCAGCUGCACCGGCGCGGGCACAACCUGCCGUGGAAGCUGAAGCAGAAGGACCCGAACCAGGUGCAGCGGCGGCGGGUGUACCUGUGCCCGGAGCCGACGUGCGUGCACCACGAGCCGGCCAGGGCGCUGGGGGACCUCACCGGGAUCAAGAAGCACUUCUGCCGCAAGCACGGCGAGAAGAAGUGGAAGUGCGAAAAGUGCUCCAAGCGCUACGCCGUGCAGUCCGACUGGAAGGCGCACUCCAAGAUCUGCGGCACCCGCGAGUACCGCUGCGACUGCGGCACCCUGUUCUCUCGGAGGGACAGCUUCAUCACCCACAGGGCCUUCUGCGACGCGCUGGCCCAGGAGAGCGCGCGCCUGCCGCCCGCCGCCGCCGCCGCCCACCUCUACGGCACCAGCGCCGCCAACAUGGUGCUCAGCCUCUCUCAUCAGCAGGUCCACGACGCGCACGGCCAGUACCACCAGGCGUCCCCGGACCUCCUCCGCUUCGGCAACGGCAUCUCCGCCCGCCUCGACCACCUCCUCUCGUCCUCAUCAUCCCCCGGCGCCGCCUCAGCCUUCCGCCACCAGCUUCCGCCGCAUCCGCAAGCACCGCAAGCGCUAUUCCACCUCGGCAGCAGCAGCGCAAGGCAGGAGGAUCAGUUAUUCGGCGACGGCGGCAGCAGUAAUAAUCCGCACGGCGCCUUCUUGCAGGGCAAGCCGUUCCACGGCCUCAUGCAGCUCCCGGAUCUCCAAGGCAACGGCUCCGGGGGCACGGCGUCGGCUCCUCCUGGCCUCUUCAACCUCGGCUACAUCGCCAGCAGCAGCGGGGCCAAUAGCUCCGGCACCUCCAGCCACGGCCACGCCAGCCAGGGACACAUGACCAAUGACCAGAUCAGCGAAGGAGCCGGCGGCGGUGGCGCGGGGUCAGAGAACUCUGGGGCAGUGUAUUUUAAUGCCAGUGGAGUAAAUUUUUCAGGUGGCGAACACCAACAACACCAAGUUGUUGCUACUGCUGGGAUGUACAACGAGCAGCAGCAGGCCGUGAUGCUGCCGCAGAUGUCUGCCACCGCACUGCUCCAGAAGGCGGCGCAGAUGGGCUCGGGCUCUAGCGCGAACGGCGCGUCCGUGUUCGGCGGGUUCAUGGGCUCGUCCGUGGCCCAGCAGGGCCGUGGGCCCAUGGUCGACCAGGGCCAGAUGCACCUGCAGAGCCUGAUGAACUCGCUGGCCGCCGGCGGCGGCGGCGGCGGCAGCGGGAUGUUUGGUGGCGGGGCCAACGGCAACAGCCGCUGCAUGAUUGAUCCCAGGCUGUAUGAGAUGGAGCACGAGGUGAAGUUUAGCCAACAGGCGGGCAGCAAUGGAGGCGGCGAAGUCACGCGGGACUUUCUCGGCGUGGGUGCUGGCGUGGACAUGAGGGGGAUGUCGGUGGCGGCGAGAGGCGAGCACCAGGGCGGCGGCGGCGGCGGCAUGAGUUUCUUGGAGACCGAGAUGAAGUCGGCCUCGUCGCCCUUCAAUGGAGGCCGGAUGCAGUGAUCAUCAGGAGCUAUCUAAGCUUAUACAAGAGGCAUGCAUUAGGGUUAUUUACAGGUAUGGUUGGGGAGCAAAACACAAAUGUUUUGACUUGUCAGACUAAAGUUGAAUGCAGAGACAUGGCGGCCGGUGGGCAUGCAAGCAUGCAGGGGCUUCCGCUAAUUCAAUCUGAAGCUAGGUGAUCAACUGGAAUCAUGAGAAUACCUUCUGUUUAGUGCCAGUGCUCCUGCAGUUGGAUCUUCUGAAAUGUAAUUGGGUUACUUUAUAUACCGGUGGAGAUAGUUGCAAAUGCAAUAAGGUUUGUAGCUAGGUUAGUGAGGUAGAGGGAUGAUUGGAGACUUAAGUGCGCCUACCCUCUUUUGUUUUCCUGCUCUCUUAAUUCGUUUAUCCUUUGGAACAAAAAAGAAUGUUGUUACAAAUACAACUGCCAGUAAUCAUUUUAGCCGGCAUGCAUGCAUGGAUGAGUC